AGUGAUCGGAGUUGGGGCGGCCGAGACCCGCCGCCGGCUCGCCACUCCUGGGUCUGCGCUCGGUAGCAUAGCCAGGAAAGCUGCGAUCGCGAGGAAGUGAGUUCGUCCGCGGAACCACUGCGCCCACCGAACGCUCAGUGAGUGAUCACGACUUUGCAAGCAGAGCGGGGCGAGUGAGCGGCCCGAGAGGGUGCAGGAGUCUCUUGCCCCAGCGUGCCCGGGAGCGAGCUGGUGAGGAGGGCUCCCGGGGGAGGCCAGACAGCGGGUGCGCGCGCCCUUAAAGAAACUUUCCUUGCCUCUGGCCGCGGGGAGGCGCGGGUGUCCCCCGCUUGCCCGCGCGCUGUCGCGGCCCCAAAACUUGUACGCGCAGCCCAAACUAACCUCGUGCGAAGUGACGGACUGUUCUAUGACUGCAAAGAUGGAAACGACCUUCUACGACGAUGCCCUCAACGCCUCCUUCCUCCCGUCUGAGAACGGCGCCUACGGCUACAGUAACCCCAAGAUCCUGAAGCAGAGCAUGACCCUGAACCUGGCCGACCCGGUGGGCAGCCUGAAGCCGCACCUCCGCGCCAAGAACUCGGACCUGCUCACUUCGCCCGACGUGGGGCUGCUCAAGCUGGCUUCGCCCGAGCUGGAGCGUCUGAUCAUCCAGUCCAGCAACGGGCACAUCACCACCACGCCGACCCCCACCCAGUUCCUGUGCCCCAAGAACGUGACGGAUGAGCAGGAGGGCUUUGCCGAGGGCUUCGUGCGCGCUCUGGCCGAACUGCACAGCCAGAACACGCUGCCCAGCGUCACGUCCGCGGCACAGCCGGUCAGUGGGGCGGGCAUGGUGGCCCCGGCCGUGGCCUCCGUGGCCGGCGGCAACGGCGGCUUCAGCGCCAGCCUGCACAGCGAACCUCCGGUCUACGCCAACCUUAGCAACUUCAACCCGGGCGCGUUGAGCAGCGGUGGCGGGGCGCCCUCCUAUGGCGCGGGUGGCCUGGCCUUUCCCGCGCAGCCCCAACAGCAGCCCCAGCCGCCGCACCAUCUUCCCCAGCAGAUCCCGGUGCAGCACCCACGGCUGCAGGCCCUGAAGGAGGAACCGCAGACGGUCCCCGAGAUGCCCGGGGAGACGCCGCCCCUGUCUCCCAUCGACAUGGAGUCACAGGAACGGAUCAAGGCGGAGAGGAAGCGCAUGAGGAACCGCAUAGCUGCCUCCAAAUGCCGGAAAAGGAAGCUGGAGAGGAUCGCCCGGCUGGAGGAAAAAGUGAAAACCUUGAAAGCGCAGAACUCGGAGCUGGCGUCCACCGCCAACAUGCUCAGGGAACAGGUGGCACAGCUUAAACAGAAAGUCAUGAACCACGUUAAUAGUGGGUGCCAGCUCAUGCUAACACAGCAGUUGCAAACGUUUUGAAGAGAGACUGUCGGGGGUCGAGGGGAAACGGAGA